GGUUGUGUUUUCUGUUCCCCGGGGCCACAGUGUUUUCAACGGGACUCAACUUACACAUUUACUGGACUCGCUAUGGCCGCUUGACCCAGGCUGAAAACACUCGUUUCUUGUUUCUUGUUUGUAGGAAAAGUUUUUUUUUUUCUCCAGAUAAAAAUUUAUUCUUCUGUGUAGUUUUUAUGUCAAAAAAUAAGGAUGCAACCCCCACCGAGAAAGGUCCGGGUCACCCAGGAGCUGAAACACACUCAUGCAGAGCAGAUGAGCAGAUUACACAUCAAACACCAGACAGAAUGUGACCUCCUGGAGGACCUGAGGACUUUUAGCCAAAAGAGGGCCGCUGUAGAACGAGACUACGCCCAGGCCCUCCAGAAGCUGGCAAACCAGUAUCUAAAGAGAGAGUGGCCCGACAGUCCCACAGAUGAACAAGCAGAUCAGAGGAACAUGUACUGUGUAUGGAAGGAUUAUUUAGAGGGUACGAUCCAGGUCACACAGUCCAGAAUCAGCGCCUGUGAUAACUACAAAGUCCAAGUCGCUGAUCCAGCUAAGACGGUCCGACUUCAGAAGGAGCAGCAGCUGAGGAAGUGUAUCGAUCAGCUGAUGGCGGUUCAGGCCGAGCUGCAGGAUUCGGUGAAGGAGCUGACCAAGAGCAGGAAGAAGUACCAGGAGGCCGAGACGAUGGCACAGGCAGUACGAGAGAAGACGGAGCUGGAAGCCAAGUCGAAGCUGAGUCUCUUCCAGUCCAGGUCCAGUCUCCAGAGGGCAAGUGUGAAGCUGAAAGCCAAGAGAAGCGAGUGUAACUCCAAAGCCACGCACGCCAGAAAUGACUACCUUCUAACGCUAGCAGCCGCUAACGCUCACCAGCAGCGCUACUACAACACAGACCUCAUGGACUGCAUCAAGGUCUUAGAUGGCAGAAUCUAUGAGCAGGUAAAAGAUUACCUGGUGUCCCUGUGUCAGACUGAGCUGGAAACGUACCAGGCUGUCCACAACACCUUCAACCAGAUCCUGAACAGCUCAAAUGGAGUCGCAGAGGAGUUCCACCAGCAGCUGUUUGUACAGAGCAACCUCAUGUUUCAGCAGGCCCCGGACUUCUUGUACCAGCCCAUCGACUCUGACACGGUGUUGCAGCUUGAGAAAGAAAAUGGAACGGCAGAGGAGCACAGUCUGGAUAAAGAGGCAAGGAAAUGGGCGAGCCGCGUGGCCCGAGAAUACAAGAGCAUCAUCCACACUCAGAGGGCCCUGGAGGAAUACGGGACACAGGAUUCAUCUGAGCAGAACAACGGAGAGAUGGAGACCAAGAUGGAGGUGGCCAGGCAGAGUCUGAGGAGGGCAGAGACGGUGAAAGUGAAAGCAGAGGCCCGUCUGGAUUUGCUGCGACAGGCAGGCGUCGCUGUGGAAACAUGGCUGAAGAGCGCCAUGAACCAGGUGAUGGAGGAGCUGGAGAACGAUCGCUGGAACAACCUCAACACCCAUGAUCCUUCACUCUCUGGAACAGCAGAUCUAGAGCGAGAGGAUGAGGAGGAGAUGGAGGACAGCGGUGAAGUGUUGGACGACAGCAGCUCCAGCCCCUCCAGCACCUUGAAAAACUAUCCCCUCACCUGCAAAGUCCUCUACUCCUACAAGUCGUCUCAGCCGGAUGAACUCACCAUCGAGGAGCAGGAAAUCCUCGAGGUUAUCGAUGAUGGAGACAUGGAGGACUGGGUCAAGGCCAGAAACCGCAGCGGACAGGUCGGCUACGUCCCAGAGAAAUACUUACAGCUGCCUUCGUCCAACAGCUUGCUGAGCAUGCUGCAGGCUCUGGCCGCGCUGGACGCUCGAUCACACUCCUCCAGCAACUCCACAGAACCUGAGACUGAAAUCCCAACCAGCUCUGUCAACGGAGACUCCAUUGUGUCGUUUGCGAAGGCCCUGUACGACUACGCGGGACAAACGGAGGAUGAGCUGUCGUUUCCAGAAGGAGCCAUCAUCCGCAUCCUGAGCAGAGAGACCCACGAGGACGACGGCUUCUGGGAGGGAGAGUUCAACGGCGUUGUGGGCGUCUUUCCCGCCGUGUUGGUGGAGGAUCUGACCAGUGGCAGCGAGAACGGAGACGGACAGAGAGAUGGCAGUGCACAGGCGUCCCCUCCCCUCUGGCUCAGUGCGAUCGAUCCCCUCGUAGUCCCUUCCAGCCGGGGCCCCUCCACAGCAGCCCCCUUCAGACGCCCACCACGUCCUCUCCUCAGUCGAGUCCCUGCAGCGCCACGGCCUCUCCCAUUGGUCGACCUCCUUCCUAUCACAACGGACAUCACAGGCCGCCACCGGCGCCACACAAAAGCCCCUUUCAGAGUCCAGCUCAAGGCUCGCCUCAACCUCCAAAAUACCCCGAGAGCGGCGCUGGCACCAUUCGACCUGUCCGUGCUGCUCCUCCGCCCCCUAAGCAGCAUCCCCGCGGGCAGGUGAAGCGGAGGGAGGAGGUGGAGAUCACGCUGGUUUGAAGGCAGCACCCUGGUGGUGAAGGCGAUGAAGAAGAAGGCUCUGUUUGAACCAGCUGGGACUCAGCGA